AUGUUCACAGGACUCAUAGAACACCUCGCCACCAUCUCCGCCAUCUCCCCCACAGGCGCUGACCACUUUACAUUCACCCUCUCCGAUGCCGCCCCCAUACUCGUAGACUGCUCCAUUGGCGAUUCCAUCUGCGUGAACGGUGCUUGCUUGACUGUAACAAGCUUCAAUCAAGACAGCUUCACCGUCGGUCUCGCACCCGAGACUUUGAGAAGGACCGACCUGGGAGAAGUCAAGGUGGGAGACAAGCUGAAUUGCGAGAGGGCUAUGGCUGGGCAUACCCGAUUCGGCGGACACAUGGGACACGUGGACGAGACUGCUCAAAUACUGAGAAAGGUCCCUGACGGCGACUCUAUUCGCUACACUUUCCAGCUUGCCCCCUCCACCUCCCUCCUCCCAUACAUCAUCGAGAAAGGCUACGUCACCAUCGACGGCGCUUCUUUGACAGUCACUGAAGUCGACGAUGAAAGCCGGACCUUUGGCAUCAUGCUGAUAGCCCACAGUCAGGAGAAGCUUACUUUGACGGCAAAGCAAGUUGGACGCACUGUAAACGUCGAAGCAGAUUGUGUAGGAAAGUAUGUGCUGGGGAGUACGGACAGAAUCAGUGCGAUGGUGGAGAGAAUCGUGGAGAGCAAACUCAAGGCUAGGGGGUUAUAG